UAAAUUGACCUAGAGUAAGCCAACCCUGAAAUGUUAUGCAUAUUUAUCAAAACGAUCAAAACAAUCAAAAUAACAAAAAUAUUCAUAUUAGAUGUAAAUUGUUAUUGUUAAUUGAAUACAAUUAAUUUAUAUCUUCUUUUACUACGAAUAUUGAAUUUAAAAGAAGGAUUAUUAAGAAUUAUUAAGGGAAAACAUGGACCGAAGAGAGAAACUCGAAAGAGUAAUAUUGCAGGCUGAUGUUUAUAUGGCAUGUAUACAACAUGCUUUAUCUACUGAAAAUUUGGAAGUAAUGGGAAUGUUACUUGGCGUAACUCAAGGCAGUAUUGCAAAAAUAAUGUCAUUGGUGAUAAUGCUACGAUCGGAUAAAAAAAAAGAUAGAGUUGAAAUUUCAUCGUUACAACAAUGUUUAGCGGCAACGGAGGCAGAGAAAUUAGCCGAGAAACAUGGUUUACCAGUUAGGGUUUUAGGAUGGUAUCAUUCUCAUCCUCACAUCACUGUCUGUCCAUCUCACGUGGAUGUGGGAACACAGGCACUGCACCAAAAAAUGGAUUCUAAAUUUUUUGGACUCAUAUUUUCAGUUUUUUCGGAAGAAAAGGACACUAAGAUGCAGGAAGUUCAAUUAACAUGCUUUCAAUCCUAUAAUCAGGAAGCAAUUGAAAUUCCAUUGGAAAUUGCUUACACACCGAAUAUUUCAAUUGACUGUCUUCAAGCAAUGGCUUCGUUACCAAAAAUUUUGGUCCAAGAGGAAGAAGAAUUGGCGAAAGCGUACAAAGAUCAUCACGAUGCACUCGCUUCAAUUUAUAACAACGCUGUACUAACACGAUCAUUGGCACACAUAACUGAUAUUGUAACAAGGCCACUGAUGCAAAAUCUUGCCGAUAGAAUAAUGUUGAAUAAAUUGCGCAGUCAGCAAUUAAAAAGAAAUUUACGCGAACUCGAAGAACAACUUUCAUCAAAAUUUUAAUAUUUCUUCAACAUUAGUUGUCUCUUUUUGAUUAUUAAAACAAAAAUUCAAUUUUUUGAAUCUACAAAUAUUUAACACAAUUUUUAAAUUUCUCUAAUUUUAAGUAUAAAACUGUUGAUAUACUAUAAGAAUAAUGUUUAAUUAAUAGUAUUUAAAUUUACAUUAUAAAUGUUACUUAUCGAAAUGUAAAAAAAUUAAAGUAUUUCGUUUCUUCUAAAA